GCCACACAACAAUUAAAAAGAUAAAAAAGCUGUAAAAAAGGAAUUUUUACAAAUCGUUUAAUAAUUUCGGACAAAAUCAUUUCGAUUUAUAGAAUUCUCGACAUAAUGAUUAAUUGUUUACUAAUAAAUUAGAGCAGAUAACACAAAAUUAAAUUGAUUUAAAAUAAAGAAAAAUAUAAUCAAUGUGUGUGUUUGACAUUUGCUGUUGUUGCUGGAAUCCUUUGUGGUGUAAUUUUUGCUUUUAAUUGUUGUUGUAAUAAGAAAUACGAAUAUUUGUGACUUAUUCCCCGAGCAGCUGGGAAUUAAUGUUUUACUUUUCUGUUUGUUUUUUAAUAAAAUUUAUAUUACUUCAUAAUGGAUUUAGAAUCCUUGAAUUUUACGGAAUUACGGGAUGCCGAAAUAGUGGCACGCAUGCGUAAAUGUAAUUAUGAGAAAUUUAAAACAUUGGUGCGCAUGCAUUUAUCAUUUGAAUUGGAUUUAAAUACAGAUGAAUUCGAUUUACCCUGCCACGAAAUUGUAUACGAAGACAAGGGCAAGUUAAAGAAAUGGAAUCGUUUGAGUAAAAAACAUAAACAUGGUGGUGUUAUGGCAGCUGCUUUGGCUACCGGUUCGGCAGGUUGUGCUUCUGUAGGCGUCGGCCAUAAAGGUGCUAGCAGUGCCAGCGGUAACAGUGACAAUGCCAGUCCAAUUGAAGGCUUAAAUCAGCAAAUUGAUGCUGGGUUUCUGUUUCAUUUGCAGGAACUAAAGGAGUUUUUAAUGUUGGAAAAGAAUCUACAGCAAGAGGGUAUUUUUCGUAAGACUGGUUCAGCUUCAAGACAAAACGAUUUGCGUACACAAAUACAAAAUGACAAGCCAUUGGAUCUGGAAACUGCAGGUUACUCAGCUCACGACUGUGCCACAGUAUUUAAAGGUUACUUGGCCGAUUUGCCCGAACCUAUACUGACCGAUGCUCACUAUCCGGCUCAUCUGCAAAUAGCACCCUUAUGUUUGGGCAUUAAUCCCCAUAUCGAUGAUAAACUCAACACCAGUCACGAGAAAACAUCAACUGCCAGCAAUGGUGAACGUGUUAAGAAAGAAUUACACGUUUUAAAUUCCAUACAAUUACUUUUAUUACUAUUGCCCGAUGAAAAUCGCCAACUGCUACAAAACAUUAUCGAUAUGUUACAUGCCGUUGCCCGACAACAUGCCCACAAUAAAAUGGGUCCCGAUAAUUUGGCCACACUCUUUGCACCCCAUCUCAUUUGUCCGCGUAAUCUACCGCCCGAAGCUUUACACUAUCUGGCCAAGAAAAUGUCUAGUAUUAUUGCGUAUAUGAUAAUAAGAGGACAUGAUAUAUUUUCAGUACCGGCUAAAUUGGCCACCGACAUCAGGGCAUAUUUCUUAGAACGUAAACGUAAAAAGACCAUGUCACCCGAAAUGACUUUGGACGAUUCCAUAUCGGAUAUAUCAACAGUAAAUACGGUGUACACUUUUGUAGAUCGCGAGAAAACCGCAGCUGCUCACAACACAAAUAACACCGACACGGAGUUGGCACAACUGUAUGCGCACAUACAAUCGAUGCCGGAGUCCUCGAAGAAACGAAGAUUGAUAAAACAGUUUAAUAAGCAAAAUGGUCAAGGAACCCCUCUACAAUUGCAAGCCAUGAAUCGUGUUAAAAAUACCGAAACUUCUCGUACAGCUAAAUCACUAAGCGAUUCGAUUAAGAAACACAUAUUCCACAAAGGUAUAAUGUCAAGAACACCAAAACGCCAGCCCAUACCCGCUGUAGUAUUAGAAACACCAAAUAAUUCCAGCAUGAAACCGCAUAAACAAAGAGUUUUAUUCCAAAGUCCUAAUCCUCAAUCAUUUGCCACAAAUUCUGCCAACACAACAACAUCUUCUUCAUUAACAUCUUCAUCAUCGUCUGUACUAACAACAAGCUUUGUUAAUUCUGCUAACAGUCAUACGCUUUAUAAUAUUAAAACGCAUCCUCUACAAAAAUCCAUAUCUUCAACUUCAUUACUAAUGAGUCAACAACAAUAUGACCUGAGUAUGAGGGCAACUUCAACGAAACUAAUUCGAAAUGAUGAACACGAAUCUUUGUCGCAACAUCAUAGCAAUAGUAGUUGUAGUAGUAGUGAUGGUUUUGUUUGUAAAACUAAAUCUAUAUCCGCACCAGUUAGUCGUCAAACAUCUUCGGACUUACAGAAUCAUAUUAACACUUCCAUAACAUCAACAUGCUCAUCGUCGGGUUUAACGGGUGGUUUGCACCAGCAUUUGGAUCCCAAUUGCUGUGUUACUCCUUUGAAAUUAAUAUCGGAAGCGGCCAAAAAUUUAAUAGCUGGUGCUAAUGGUAAUGGCGUUGAUAAAAAAUCCGUGUGUUGGGAUGAUGCUCAUCUUAUAGAUAUGGAGCAUAUUUCCAAUCCUUCUACUCCACUAAGACAAACACCCUCAAAUGAUUUAAAAUCUCGUUACAAGUCAGAACCGAAUCUAAGUUUGUCUCACAAUAUUUGCGACACACCAAAUUCAUCAACCGCUCUUCACGGCCAAGGUGGCUAUGAAAUGAUUACACCCAUAGCAAAACAUGUGACUGGUCGGUCGCUAACGCGCAAGUUAAUGAAGGGUGUUAGUAUGGGCAAUUUGAAAUUUCCAUUUAGCACCCCGGAGUCUACGAAACGUUUAGUGCGCACUGUGUCCUCCAGCUUAAAGCGGCGUUCCAGUGAUGAUUCGCAAAUAUAUCAACAAGCCGAAGGAAGUUUUGCGGCUGCCAUUAGAAAUGGCAAUGCACCGCUUUUACAAGAUAUGGAUGAUGAUGAUGAUGAAGAUGACGAUGAUACCUUUGAAGAUGUUGCCUGUGAUUCGGAAACUGAAGUCGAUAGCGAUGGUGACGAUAAUGAAGACAUGGAUAUGCUUAGGAAAAACAUAAGUUUGGUGGUGGCAGCUGGUGGUAGUAAUUCUUCGGAAGUGGCAAAUUGUUUUGGGGGCGGACCGGCUGCCUAUCAGCAAUUGCUAUUGCAACAAAGUAGUUUAUAUCAUCGUAAUUUGGAUUUAGUUACUAGCACACCAUCACUACUAAUGGGACGCAGAUCUAUGUCGCCCAUUACAAAAUCAACACAAAGAAUGCCCAAAGCUAUGCAGGAAUCCAUUAUGACGCCACGUUCCCGCAAACCAGUUAUGGUGCUCACCACCACCACCAGUUCCACUGAUCAAAAUCAAACCAUAAAUCAAACCUAUCUCUCUGAUUUUCAUGAGCAAGCUGAACACAACGAUGACGAAGAAGAUAUUGAGGAUAAUGAUGAACAUGAUAACGAGGAUAAUGAUAACUUGGAUGAUAAUGAAGAUUCGAUUUUAGGCACAACACCAAGUAUGAAUUUACAAAAUACUAUUGCUGCUCCCCAAACGGAAAUUAUCAAUGAGGAUGCCACAUCUUUGGGUGGCUAUUCGGACAUAUUUAAACGUCGACAAUUACUGCAGGCCAACCAAAGUUUUGUACAGCAACAUUCGGUUGCCUUAGGCCUAAGUUCUGACUCGGAUUCCCAGACUAACUCCCAAAGCAACGGACCAAAGGAUGUUAGCGGACUGCAACGUAAUAUUACUAACGCAGAUGCUCUAACGGAGCAUUUCAAAACCUCUUUGUACAUUUCCAGAGAAUAUUUACUAAAACGCAGUGUUCUAACUGCACCACCCGAGGAUACAUCAUUCACCAGCCAUUCAGAUGAUUUCGAUAGUUCUCAUGAAAUCGAUGAACUCGAAGAGAAUCAAUUGAGUUCGAGUUUAUUAUACUGUUUGGAUGGUAAUCGACCGGAAGCAACAAAUGAUUCCUCGAACAGCACAACCACAGAUAACAUCGAUGUUAGUGAUGACAAUACAGAGGAUACAACGCGUACCAAUGAUGAUACUAAUAUACAAACGAUGGCUGCUAUUAAAACAACUACUUCUAAUACUAGCAGUAGUAGCAGCAACAGCAGCAGUGCUAGCAGUAGUAGUAGUAGUAGUGACAAUAGUGCCAGCUCGUCUAGCAGCAGUAGUAACAGCAGCACCACCCCUCACAUACCAUUAAUAACCACAAAUCGUUUAGCUAAUAAUCCAUUUGUUAUACUUAACAAUGCACGCAAACGUGCUGCUACCCAAGACUUAGAUAAAAUCUCUUCUUCAAUAUUCAACAGUCAUGUACAAACACCUCCACCUCCAAUUCAUAACUCCUAUCAAACAGGCUUUAAAUCCACAACGAGACAAUUAAAUUCUCCCAAUAGUAAACACAAUGCCAACUAUAAUUUGCCCGGAAAUUCGAAUUCUACAUCGAACAAGGAAAAUUGUGAACAAAAUGAGAAUUAUGUGGUGAGCAAGAAACUACUUAUAAGUGAGUAUCCUGGAGAAACUUCAUUUUAAUAUUUAUAAUAUGACUUACGUUUAAAUUUAUAAACUAUUUUAUACCUUUACUUAUUUCAAACAAAAAAAGCUCAGAGUAUAACUAUAUUUAAAGAAAAACAAAUUCAUUAUAAAACCGUUGUACGGUUCGUUCUUCCCAAAAACUUCUUUAUAAAACA